AUGAAGCCAACAAUUCUCAUCCUUCCGACCUUUUUGGUUCCCGGCCUCAUGGCUCAGACAGUGACACACAUCACCCAGAUCGCGAUCUUGUCAGACCUCCCCCUCUGCCUCUCUACCGCCGUCGAGCUGGUCUACGAUGGUCUCCGCACGAGCGCGUGCCCCCAGACAAACCCGAGCAGCGCAGCCAGCUGCCUCUGUCUGAAGACCGUCAACUCGGAAGCGAUAUCGAUGUCGAUGUCGAUCUACGUCAUGAUCAUGUGCGCCGGCAUCAGCGGAAAGGCGGGCGAUACCGAGAAUCUGUCGAGCGGCCUGGCGGUGUUCUCGGAAUACUGCUCCGAAGCCCUGGGCAAAGUGCCGAUCACGACGGCGGGAGCGACACCUGCGCAGACGGGCGCAGGGGUAACUACUCGUGCUGGUAAGACAGAUGCAGAUCAGAACGACUCGCCCGCUUCGUCGUCGUCUUCUUCUUCCACAACCUCUUCCUCUUCUUCCACUUCUUCGUCUUCGGGCCUCAGCCUAGGCGAGAAACUCGCCAUCGGCGUCUCCAUACCCGCGACGCUAGCCACGAUCAUCGCCGUCUAUUUCGCAUACAAGCAGCACAAAAGGGAGAAAUUAAAGGCAAAGCUCGCGGUCCAGCUUCUACCCGGGCCGGUGCGACUUCCUGCCUCGCCACCAUCCUCCCAGCUUGUUCAGCAACGAUGA